GGGUUUGGGGCCCUCCCCACUCCCCCCCCCAGGUCCCCACAACCUCAGCUGUGUCUCCUACAAGCACCCCAGCGUGCGGGGGGGGCUGGGGGGCGCGGGGGGGGGCCGGGCCCGCAUCGUGCGGUGCCCCCCCGGCCACUGCUGCAUCGGGAUCUGGAACCAGAGCCAGGCGCUGGUGCAGGGCUGCUGGGGGGGCGGGGGCGCCUCCUGCCCCUCCCCGCUGUGCGCCCCCAGCCCCGCGGGGCCCCCGGGCGGCUCCGUCCUCGUGUGCCUGUGCCGGGGAGAGCUCUGCAACGGGAACGGGAACGGGAGGCCCGGCCGCGCGGGGGCGCUGUGGCUGUGGGGCGCCGGCCCCCUCCUGCUCCUCCUCGCCUGCCUCUGCGUCCUCGGGCUGCGCCGGGCCAGGGCCCGCAGGGGGCGGCCACGUCAAGGGGGGAGCGGGGCCCCCCCCGAGCCCCCCAGCCCGGAGCUGCCUGCGCUGCGCUUCCUGAAGGUGGGGGGCACCCAUGGGGGGGCUCUCUCUCCCCCCCGCUCUCUCUCCCCCCGCUCCCCCGCCCCCCCGCAGGCUCUGCCCCGGGGCCGUUUCCCCCCGCUGGGGCCGGGCUCUCCCCGCCCCCCCCCGCUCCCUCCCCGGGCGCUCGGGGCCGCGCGGGUCGCGGGGGGGCGCUGGGGGCCGGCGCUGCUGCGGGGGGGGAGCCUCGGGAUGAAGCUGAGGCCCAAGGGCUCCCUGCGGCCCUCCCCGCCUCACCACGUUGGUACCUGUGCGGGCAGCGUGUCCCCGGCGCGGGGCUUGGCCUCCCUGCCCCGGGAGCUGCGGCGCGAUGGUCUCUCCAAGCCCAGCGGGGUUCACCGGGACCUGAGCAUCCGGAACGCGCUGGUGCGGGACGGCGGCACCUCCGCCAUCGCCAUCGGGGUCGCCCUGUGCUGCCCGGGCCGGGCCGGGGGGGGCUCUGCUCGGCUCCAGGUGGGCACGCAGCGGUACCUGGCCCCCGAGAUCCCGGACGAGAGCCUGGACCUGCGCUCCUGGGGCCGGGCGCUGCUGCAGGCCGAUGUGUACGCGCUGGCGCUGCUGCUCUGGCAGAUCCUGUCCCGCGGCCAGGCCCUGAGCCCCGGAGCCCCGGUGCCCGCUUUCCGCCUCGCCUACGGGGCCGAGCUGGGCUCCAGCCCCACGGGGCCGCAGCUCCGCCGCUUGCCCGCGGACGAGGGGCGCCGGCCGCUGAUCCCCCCCGCCUGGCCCCGAACCCCGCAGGUCGGCCCCGGCCCGCGCCCAUUGGGGAGGGGG